AAAAAAAAGGCUCAUUCUUUUUACAGUUCUUGUCGUCUCAACGAAUACGUACACUUGAACAGCGCUGUUCCUAGCCUUCAUUACUUGCUUACGUUCCCUGAUUGAACGGUCAAGGGAGGAAGAAAAAGAAAAGCGAAAACAAAAAUGUUGCAAGCUACGUUUGAUUUAUCCAAUCAUCCCACAAUGGAGACGAUUCAACUUUUGUCUUCGCUUUUGGACCGGAUGACGACGGCAAAUGACCAAUUGGCUAAAGCCGCUAGGUCCACUCGCUGCAUGUCGCUGCCGGCUUCCAGUGGUGGCAGCGGCGGCGUAUCGGCUUCGUCCUGUUCACCUGGUGUGGGCUCGUAUACCCGUUUUCACGCCCGUUCUAUUCCAUCCAUCGAUAUCCUUUCGUAUCUGUCCCGUAUUCUGAAAUAUUGUCCUUGCUCCAACGAAUGUUUUUUGAGUCUCCUGAUCUAUUUUGAUCGGAUGGCCAAAAAUGCACUGGCGCUCACCGGCCAACCAUUUACCAUCGAUUCGUACAAUAUUCAUCGCCUGAUUAUUACGGGGGUCAUGGUCGCCAGUAAAUUCUUUAGCGAUGUUUUCUACACCAACACACGUUAUGCCAAGGUGGGCGGUUUGUUGGUGACAGAAUUGAAUGCUUUGGAACUGGAAUUCCUCAAGCUCAACCGGUUCAAUCUAUGGAUUUCGGUGGCCGAGUUGCAGAGAUACGGCGAUCAGUUGCUCAAGAUCGGACUCAUGGAACAAGAAAUGCGAAAAAAUAUAUUAUGCGAUGCCACCUCGUUGCGACAUGCUCGAUCGACGUCGUUGGGAUCCAACGUGGUGCUACGUAGUGGUUCCGACGCAUUGACGGGUCAGCAUCAUCGACGAAGUUCAGAUCAGUCGGCGGAUCGAUUAAGUGAUAUGAUGGGUCGAGUUUCUCUGGACGAGAACGACGCUUCUAUGGGAGGAGGAGCCAUGGGUCGUACUAUGCCAUUUUAUUCGCAUGGAGCGUAUGGUCAGCAAGCCUCGACUUAUCACCCAUUGUCACAACAUGGUUCGGAUAAAAAGACGAGAAGGAUGUCCAGUAUCAGUAACCUUAACCAGUUAUAUUCGCCUCAUCGGUUCCCAUCGCCUAAAGAAAUGCGGCACAGUCCGGUUGCGCUGGUAGCAGAGGAUGGCUGUAACAAAAGGGCCCCUUCCAAUGGACAAGACGAUGGGCCACCUCGACCUCAAGAUUCGAAACAAACAUCGCGGCCUCGCCACGGCAGUGUGGGCGGCAUGACGCCCGGACACGCCAACGUCUCGUAUGCGUGUCCGCCUCGACAAUCACGUUCGAGUGCCAAUCUUCACCAACAAUUUACCAUGUGGAAACCGAUUCAUCCAAGCCAGAAUAUGAUGAUGAGUGACAAGGCCAAACCAACGAGCCACCCGCCAUCUUUGUCCCACGCUUCCAUGCGGUGUGCACCCCCUGAAAGACGAUUAUCGGUUUCAUCCAUUCAGGCACCGCCCUUUAUACCCCAUCACGCUGGUGGCGUCGGUGCAACAGCCACAGCAGCAGCAGCAACAGCCGCUAUUGAUGACCCACUCAAUUUCCAUGGUCCUUUUGUCUAUAAUCAUUUUACUUUAGCACCUCCGCCCCAUCCACCUUUGGGCAUCCCUACUCCGCCAUCAUCUUCUUCUCCUGUGGAUCAGAAAUCAUCGAUGCCUUCGUCCCAUUACACUCCCAAUCAACUGUAUCCGGUCAUGUAUCUAUAGCCGUCUCUUAUUAUUAUUAUUAUUUUUCUUCCCCUCUUAUUCUUUUUCCCUACUUAUCAUUUAUAUAUCGCGUAUGGAGUAUUUUAUUUUCACCGUUGUAUACAUUUUAUAUCCCGCAUCCAACUUAUCCACCGAAGCAUCCCUUUUAUAUAUACGCACAAAGUUUACACAGAAAUACACCUCAUCAUUUUGUCCGUUUUUGGCAUAUUGGUGUCACCGAACCAAGUGUGGCACAGACAGCGUACCCCGACCGGGAGCC